CACUAACUUAUUCUUCUACACCCCGCAAAAAAAAAAAAAAACUUACUCUUCUGCUCUGUCUUGCGUGUUUUCCCCUCGCCCGGCGCUCUUGGCGCAAACCCUUGGGAGGCAGAGUCCAGCCAUGGCGUGCGCGCUGCUGCCUGCAGGUGUGGCCGCGGUCCUACCGUCUCCUCGCCGGAGCGCCGCCGCCUCGAAGGGACAGCGGAGUCAAGUUGCGUGCACGAACCAGCUUCACUGGAAGCAGCCUUUAAGUGAGCUCCACAGACCCAGGAGCCUUGUUGGCUGCUGCACAUGUUCAGGUUCGUCGACAGGAGCAGCUAUGUCAAGAUCUGUAGAUGCUGUAAGUUUUCAUGCCGAUGUAUCUCUGAGAGACCCUGUGGAUGCAGUUCUAGGUGCGCAGAUAGUUAUCUCUGGCUACUGGAUUGGUCCCGAGGUGGAAGAUGGUUGUGGUCACGUUCAUGCCAUUCUGCAAAGAAUUGGCUGAUGAUGUGUCAUGGUUAACAAGAUGCAGGCAUUGUUUGGUGCUGGUGCCAUUGAGAUUGAUGGUGACGAUGUUGUUACUCCAAAAGGUCGCAAGAUUAUCGUAUAAUGGCAAGACGAGCUGGAUCAUGCAACUUGUGCUUUGCUUGCUGGCUGGCGAGUGAACUAGUGCUGAAAUUGAUGCCAAUUACUCCUUGUUUAUGUGUUUUCGCCAACUGUGGACUUCAAUGCAAUGGAAUCUUUCAACGAAAGUAACAUGGUGAAGAUGACUUUCUUGUGUUGCC